UCGCUUGCGGGGAUCGUAGAGUCGGGCCGCAGAAACCAAGCACCCGACCCCUACCCUUCUCGAGUAGAGGCGUGAGGAGAAGGCGAGGCGGAGCCACGAGAAAUUCCCGGUUGGCCACAGCUCGGGCGCGGUGCCUGUGACGUCAUCACCUUUUGUAGGAGGCCACUGUCAAGAUGGAGUUUCCAGCCCAGUGAAAGCAAGGACCAGCCCGUGACCCCAUAAAGCAUGAUCUCCUUCUGUCCAGAGUGUGGCAAAAAUAUCGAAGCAGCUUUUAAAUUCUGCCCCUACUGCGGGAAACCUUUGCCUACAGAGGAGCCCGCAAAGUCCCCGACCUGUGGCAGACAGCUUGUGUCGUCCUUCCGAGGCUCGAAGAGAGAGUGCACCGUCAGUUCUGAAAGCUCUCCCAAGAAAGUGAAGUGGUCCAACAUUGUCAUCUCGUCCCAGUCAUCCUUCCUCUCUGACGGUCACAGUGCUGAGGCUGAAGAUGCCGUGAGUUCUUCCAAGACAUGCCGGGCCAGGAGUGGAUCCCCUACCCCCAAAAGCAGCCCACAGUCCACCAAGCGAAGCCCUCAAACACUGAAGCGGAGCCGGGCAACCACCUCGCUCGAGGCUCUGCCCUCGGGGACAGAGCUGACAGACAAGAACGGGCAGUGCUGGAGGCUGGGAGCCCUGCAGACCAGGGACAACCAAGGCAUUCUCUAUGAAGCUGAGCCUGCCUCUGUCCUCCCCUGCAAGUCAAAGUCUCAGAAAUACCAGUUCUCCCUCAAACUGGAUGCCAAAGAUGGGCGCCUGUUCAAUGAGCAGAACUUCUUCCAGCGGGCUGCCAAGCCUCUGCAAGUGAACAAGUGGAAGAAGCUGUCCUCGACCCCGCUCUUGGCCAUCCCUGCCUGUCUGGGUUUCGGUGUUCACCAGGACAAGUACAGGUUCCUGGUGUUCCCCAGACUGGGGAGGAGCUUACAGUCAGCCCUGGAUAAGAGCCCGAAGCAUGUGAUUUCGGAGAAGUGUGUGUUCCAGGUGGCCUGCCGGCUGCUGGAUGCCCUGGAAUUCCUGCACGAGAAUGAGUAUGUUCAUGGAAAUCUGACAGCAGAGAAUAUCUUUGUGAAUCCAGAGGAUCUGAGCCAGAUGACCCUGGUAGGCUAUGGCUUCUCCUUCCGCUAUUGCCCAAGUGGUAGACAUGUGGCCUACACAGAAGGCAGCAGGAGCCCACACGAGGGGGACCUCGAGUUCAUUAGCAUGGACCUACACAAAGGAUGUGGGCCUUCCCGCCGCAGUGACCUCCAGUCCCUUGGCUACUGUGUGCUGAAGUGGCUUUAUGGGUCCCUGCCAUGGACAAAUUGCCUUCCCAACACCGAGGAGAUCAUGAAGCAGAAGCAGAAGUAUGUUGACACCCCAGAGCUACUCAUGAGACUGUACGGUCACUGCAGCAGGGUCUCAGAGGCCCUGCAGCAGUACCUGAAGGUGGUGAUGGCCCUCAGGUACGAGGAGAAGCCACCGUACGCCAUGCUGAGGAACGGCCUGGAAGCCCUGCUGCAGGAUCUGCAGGUGUCAGCCUAUGGCCCCCUCAACCUCCAGGUGGUGCCCUAGGCCGAGCCCAGGUGAGGCACGUUUGCAAGUCUUCACCCCUGACCCUGACCCACUACUGGACCUGCUACUGACCUCUCAGGCUGGGCUGGGCUGAGCCACAGACAAGGCCACCAGUGCUGGCUAGCUCUCCGGGACUGCACUGUCUGGUUUGGGCAAGUAGCCUGGAACACACAGCUAAGCGUGGCCGUGUGGAGAGCUGGAGCCCGGGUCUUUGUCACAGGCCUGUGGGAAGAGCUCAAGGCAGGACUGUCUCCAAGGCCUUGCAAGCAGCAUCAGGGGAUCUGCUUCUCUCUCUGUGCACUUCUGUCCCCUCUGGUACUUGGCCAUUUCUGUCCUCUGUCCCCGCCUCACAUGGACACCGCUGCCUCUGUGCCCCGCGCCCUGGCCCACAGGUCAGCUGCGCAGCUGCAUCUGCUCUUUGUAGCCGAGGAAUCUGCAGCCGUAGACUCGAGCAAGCACAGAUCAGAAGUACUUUUAAAUAUUGCCUCAGUGUUGGAUGUGGACAGACUUGUUCUUGGUAUUCCCUCAGCAGUGCGGAGCAGCAGCUGUCUCAGUGUUGUCCUUGCAUUGGGUUCCACGUGUGAGUGAGGGGCUGCAGGGAGAGGGGAGCAGUUCUCUCCUUUGUACAAAGACUGAGCAGCCUUGAAUGUCAGUGCCCUUGGGAUCCUGGAAGCCACCCGGGAGGCUGUGGAGGGGCCCCUGUCCCCUCUGAGGCAACAGAGGAGGCUGCACAGCGAGAGCGGGGCAUCGCUCAGCGCCAGCCUGUGCAGAGUUGCCCUCUGUUCGUGGACUGCCCUGCAGCAGGGCUGUGCCCACCCACACUGCCAUCAGCACCACCAGACUGAGUGGGAGUUUGGGGUUUAGGUUCCCAAAGCUGUGGCAGUGCAGCCUGGAUCCAGAGCAGGUGCUCGUGUCCCCAAGCCUCUCCUCUCACUGCGCUGUCAUCUCUGUCACUGUACUUGGGCCGAAUCACAGCUCCUUGUGUAACGUGGGCCCCCAGGGGGUGCCUGGCAUCACACUGCUCACAAGGGUUUCUCUGUGAGAUGACGCAGGCGCACACAGCUCUUGCAGAGCGCGCUGCAGAAAAGCAGCGCCCGAAGGAAGGCCUCUGCGCUGGCCACAGCUGGCCUCAAGCAGCAGCAGCGUGGAGCCGCGAGUGGUGACCACACCUGCAACUCCUGUCUCAGGAGGUUGAGGCAGGAGGA